AUGGACACUGCCGCUAUCAUAUCUGCCGCUCGGUCUGACCUUGUUACAGGCCCAGUUCCAUCAUGCCCGUCUGUUGCCGCUCUGCACACCAUUGAGGCCUCCAGGUCAGCCAGUAGCAAUAUAGGCAGCAGCGCAGCAUUGAUAUUCAUACAGACGCCCGUGUCGCCCGCUGCUAUCAUGGAGGCUUCCUCUGAGAGAGCAAAGUCUCUCGAGGCUGCCGCGAAAAUGCUCGUGAAGGAGAUUGUAGUCAGGUCAUUCGGACAUUCCGAUAACUACGCCAUGGUAAUGCCCGUUCCAGAUGGCCGUCGCGGUCCGUUUACUGUGAACAAUAUAGAGUACCCUGCGGAGCAGAUGCCUUCUUCUCUUCUGUCUGUUGACAUCGCCCAACCGCCGGGACCACUCCCAGUGUGCUCUCUGCCAUGCCCGAAUGCACCACUUCUUCAGACACUGUUUGGGGGUACCUGA